ACAAUUUGAAACGCAAAAGUGGAGAAGACAGGCGGGCGACUUCAUAGAUCUCAGAUUUCAAAAGCAACGGUUAACCAAGAAGAACAGAUCAAGAAAGAUCCAAGAACAUGACAUCUCUCAAGGGAAAAGCAGGUGUUAGUAAAGCAGCUGCACACGGUUUCACUCGCAGGAGUGGUUUCAAAAUUUAUUCGCAAAAUGAAAAGCCCAAAAAUGAAGCCUCUACUAUGAUGAAGUCAGCCGUAGGUAGCAAAGGAGCCCCUCUGACUACUGCAAGUGAUUCGAAGGGCGCUUUGAAGAAUAUGGCAAAUAGUAAAGCCAAGCGUGAUACUUCUGCAAACAAAAUUGUUCAAAGAAAAGCUUUGGCAGAUCUUAGCAAUCGUACUUCUAAUGUUUCUGCAACUAAAGUUUAUGAUGGCUCCAAACCAAUGAAGAAUGAGAGAAAUGCAUUUUUGGAAGGAGUUUCCGUGGCUCCAGCUGCAAGAACUGUGAAUGUCUUCUCCACGAAAUCUUUCAAGGGAAAAGAGAAGGACCAUCUAGACCAAGGUGCUAUUGGUGUUCAUACUUCUAAGACAGAAGGUAUUAAAAAUCUGAAGACCUCCAUGAAUGACCAAAGCAAUAAAACCAAGAAUUCAGAUCGUAAAUUUGUUGUUACUACCAGCAGGUCAACCAACAGCUCACUUGUACCCAUGAGGAAGUCUUUACCAGUUUUAAAGAAGGAAAAAACUACAGAACCUAGCAGGAGUAUGAUUAAGGCUAAAGUCUGUGCAAGUGCUAAACAGCAAGCAAACAAUGCAAAGAGCAAUCUUUGGAGGAAUCGAGAGAGUGAUGGCUUUGUAAUAAUGCCUCCUAAAGUUCAAUCUAAUGCAGCCGCUAGUAUCUUGCCAAGAUCUUUCAAGCCAAUUGUUAAGACUGCACUCAGGGCUCCCAAUGCUCAAAGAACUUCAAAAUCCAAGUGUUCAUCAGGUUUCAAGAAACCAGUAUAUGUUGCUGCUAUCUCAUCCGAGAAAGAUUUAUUGUGUUCUCAUACAGAAAAUAAUGCAACAAUAAUUUCCAAUGAAAUCAAUCGGAGGGAUCUUCCUUCUAAUGGCAACAGUGAUGCUAGCACCAACAUGCCAGAUAUCCUUUCCCGGAAGAAAACUACACGUAGGAGAUCUUAUACAUCCUUAUUGAUGACAAGAUCAAAGCUAUUAGAGGAUUAUGGUGGAGUCAAGGAAGAAGAAAAGCUACCAGGCAUUGAUAAUGAUGGUAAUCCAUUGGAAGUUGCUCAAUACGUUGAUGAGAUUUAUCAAUAUUAUUGGAUUACUGAGGCACAGAAUGCAUCUCUGGAAAAUUAUAUGUCAAUGCAGACAGAUAUUACUCCUUGUAUGAGGGGCAUAUUGGUCAACUGGCUGAUUGAGGUGCACCUCAGAUUUGAUUUAAUGCAAGAAACACUUUAUCUCAUGGUCACCUUGUUAGAUCGAUUUCUCUCAGAGGUCCAAAUAAAGAAGAAUGAUAUGCAGUUGGUUGGUCUUACUACUCUUUUGCUGGCAUCAAAAUAUGAGGAUUUUUGGCAUCCCAGGGUCAAAGAUUUAAUCAGUAUAUCUGCUGAGACUUACACUAGUGAACAAAUGCUCAAAAUGGAGAAGCUUAUCCUUAAAAAGUUGAAGUUUCGCCUAAAUGCACCUACUCCCUAUGUUUUCAUGUUAAGGUUUAUCAGGGCUGCUCAAUCAGACACCAAGCUUGAACAUCUAGCGUUUUACCUCAUUGAGCUGUGCUUAGUUGAAUAUGAAGCUUUGAAGUUCAAGGCGUCCUUGCUAUGUGCAUCAGCUAUCUAUGUUGCUCGGUGUACCCUGCAAAUGGCUCCAUCCUGGACCCCAUUGCUUUGCAGAUAUGCACGCUAUGACGUGUCAGAAAUCAGGGAGUGUGCAGAAAUGAUUUUAAGAUUCCAAAGAGCUGCCAGAUCAGGACAGUUGAAGGUCACAUAUGAAAAAUACAUGAGUCAUGAUCUCAGUGGAGUUGCGGCAAUCAAACCCUUGGAUAAACUUCCUCCAACUUAAUGAUUUGAGUGUAUUGUUCAGUUGUAAAUAUACAUGUCAUAUAUACAGGAAACAGUGUGAAGUCUCUACCAGAUAAGACUUUAUGUUCCAUGGAAUUGUGGUUGAAGCUUCUUACCACUUGUACCCCAUAUUUGUUCUUCAUGCAUGUAUCUUCUGUUUGGUCAUUGGCUCAUGAGGUGUGUAACUGGAAGGCCUGUUUCCAGUUACUGUUGCUGUGUUGUAGGUUUAGAGUAAAGAGAAGUGUUUAGCUUAACAGGAUUUAUGCAUGCUAUAGCAAUCAGGCGGUAUAAAUCGUGUAAUUAACUUUUAACUGUGUUGAGGUAUUAGCAAGCCCUUGUAGUUAUCCUUAGUUUGUUCCUGUUUUUGAGAAUGAGAUUGCAAGAGUUAUAUGAUAGAUUGAUAAGAAAAUUGAUUACAAACGAGAAUGUAAUUUUGAA